AUGCCUCCGAGGAAGGUCAACAACGCUUGCGCUAGAUGUCGGAAACAGAAGUUGAAGGCAGGUUACAGAUUAAAGCCCGCGGCGAGAUGCGAUAUCGAAAGACCAUGCCUGCUGUGCACUCGGGCUGGGGUCGAGUGCAUUGCUCCUCAAGCCCGAUCAUGGGCGGAGUAUACGCCAACCGAGUACUCUCGCCGACUCAGGCGGGGAGCCAAAACUGAAGGCCGGGGGAGGAAAUCGAGGCGCGAUACAAUCCAGGUCCAGCGGAGGGACGAGCCACCUCCGGAAGAGGCCACAUUGGCUACCGGCGGAACUGUAUCAGCUCCGCAUGAUAUCAGAGAUCUUGAGCCGUCGGAUCAGUAUGCCUUAGGGAAUUCAAGCUCCACUAUCAUGCUUGUCGAAGAGGUACGAUGGGUUGGUUUAGAGACCCGGGCUUUCCAACAGCAUGACUGUGCGUCACCUGAGAUGGCAGAAAAAUCAGCACUAUGCUAUAGUCAAGCUUCGAAAAGCCUAGAUUCUCAUGCUGAUACAGAAACGAGGAGACUCCCUCCGAUGAGCGUGUACUCUCGGAAUGGGCGUCCAAAAGUUUCGCAGGCCGCUAUUCGAGAACUAUCCAAGCUCCUUCCCAGCCGCGAGAUUUGUUACUUGCUCGUGGACAACUAUUUUGACAAGAUUCAUUGGUACAUGUUGCUCUUCCACCAGCAUAAAUUCAGAGGUGCUCUCGAUUCUCUCUAUCCGAACACUAGUUCUACUGCUCCGGCUACUGGUCAACAGGACGAGUCCACGGCAGGGUAUAUCAGUGUGCUUCUUGUUGUAUGCGCCUUGAGUCUUCGGUACACUAGUACCACACAACGAGAGCAACUGGCCAAGCACGGCGUGAAUGCAGAGUCUCUAAGGGAAUCGAUUCUGAACACUUUGAGGCUAAGGCUUCUUAAUAUUCUAUCCCUUGGGUCCUUAGAAGCAGUUCAGCUAUGCGUUCUCUUAGGGGGCUAUUAUCUCUACCAUGGCGAGCCAGAACUCGCUUGGCCCCUUUGUGGCUGUGCCCUCAGACUGGCCCAAGCACUUGAACUGCAUCGACGGCCUGUGCCUGGCAUGGCGUCCCAGCAUGAGACUGAAGUCAGAAAGCGCUGCUGGUGGGCUGUACACGAGAUCGAGACCUACUGCUCCAUGAUCUACGGCUUUCCACUUAACAUGUCCGAUAGCGAUUGCAAUACCGAGCCUCUCGACCCAAGUGAUCAAUGGUCUAUUGCAGCAGAUGGGCAGCCAUCAUCUUCUCGGCAGCCAACCCUCCUAGUUUACAAGUGUUCUAUGUCUGCUUUGUCGAAGAUUAUAAAGUCUGCACUGGAACAUCUUUAUAGAUCUCGACAGAAACAGCAAAGAUCUAGGAUCAGUGCUACUCAAAAUGAGACGCCCAUGAGAGUUCAGUUCAUAAGUAACAAAAUCAAGGCUUUAAAUACGGAGCUCGUGGAAUGGUACGAUGACCUCCCUCCCAAGCUUAAGAUGGGCAGGCUAUCGGGCCUACCGGUAUCAGAGGCCGGGGGGGAUCUGGCAAAUCCUACGCCAAGUCAUAUCUCCUUUGAUGAGAAGUUAUUCAAGCUACAAGCUCUCGCAUUGAAGCUAGCUUUUGAGAAUGCCAGGAUACUAAUCCACCGGCCACUUCUUUUACGAAAAGACGGCGAAAAGAGGCGAUCCCCCCCAUCAACUACGAUUCCAACAGCGCCAUCUUCACCAGAAAGCUUAUCGGCCUACAGCCGGACGUGCCACGAUGCAGCUCUUCAGAUAUCCUGGGCAGGACAGAGGCGUAUCUUUAGAGACGCCUCCACUACUUAUGCUCUAAACUUCAUUGCUUUGCAUCUUCUCACUGCUGGUGUCACGCUUGGUAUCAUGACAAGCUUGAAUCCUCUCAGUCAGGAAUCCUUUGAAGCUAAGCUGGGCAUUCGUCGGAUAAUGGAAAUGCAAGUCUCCUUGAAACCUGACUCCAUCGUGGCAGAUCAAGGACUUCAAAUUCUAAGGAAACUUUUCCUACUCGUCAUGAAGAAAGAAACACAUUCUAUGCUCGACUUCGGCCCACAGGGCCAGAGAGUGGAUGAGCGUGCGAGCGUGCAAGAAUCCCAGGAUAGAGAUAAUCUACCGACCGGUCUCGGCGUUUCAAGCGAAAAUCAGGUCCAAGCCAUCCAAUCUGGCGCCCAGUCUGGCCAUUUUCCCAUCGCAGAUCAGAGUUCCGAUAUGGACACUGGGUUCCAGCGCGACACGUCAACACAGUCUGUCCCGUAUGAACUUUGCCAACCGACCUCACAAUCUCCAAUAUCAGGAGCUAUGCUCGCUGUUGAACAAGCCGCGCUCGCCCUCUUCUUCCUGUACAACACAGCUUGGAAUCUGCCGCAGUUCGACCUUGUCAAUCACGAACCCGCCAUGACGACUAUUACGGGCCUGAAGCUGUCCCUCAGCCAUACGCCUGGCUCGUCGCCCCCCGAGAUUGUGGCUACGGUCACCAACGACAACGCAUUUCCCGUCUCAAUCUUGAAAUACGAGUCGCCGCUAGAUCCGCUUGUUCUGGCACUGGGAAAGCUGCAAUUAACCCCAGCUGGGGCGGAUGCACCCUUGGAUCUACCCAAGAUAGCCGUGCGCAGGGUGUGGCCUCCUACUCGGGACCAGCUCGUCACUCUGGAGCCUGGCCAGAGCCAACAGAAUCCUGUUCCUUUGCGAGAGCAAGUCGUGCCACCUAGUGAUUUGGUUGGGGAGGUAUCAAUAGAGCUCAAGGGAAGGUGGCAAGCGGUUUGGUCGAAGAGAAAGGAGGACAUUGACGACAGCUCCUUGGAGAAUCCUAACAUUAGUCCUGAGGUUGAACGUGGGGAAUACGCGACAGGCAAAGUCAAGGUUCACUUUUGA